AUGGCCACUCUCAACCCCUAUGGCAAGCUCGAUGAAGCCGAGCAAGAAAGGAUCAUCGCACAAAGAAAAGCGCGUAGAAGAAUUACAAUCAUUGCAGUAUCUUCUGUCGUGCUCGUUUGCAUCAUAGUCUCCACCGUUGUUGGAGUCGUUCAAACCAAAACCAGAAACAACUCAUCAGAACAAAGCCUUGCAAAUUCCAUGUCCACAUCGGUCAAAGCCAUUUGCAACGUCACCUUACAUCCCGACUCGUGCUACAACACUCUAUCCCCCUUGGUGAAAAAUGGCAAUUUCAAUCCCCAAGAUUUGUACAAACUAUCGGUUCAAGCGGCCAUCGACGAGCUUUCGAAAACCUCACAGAAAUUUUCCGAAAAUGCGGCCAAGAAAUUCAACACAACCGAUAAAACGACGCUAGCCGCAGUCGAAAGCUGCCGAGAACUGUUCUCGCUUGCGUUGGAUCAUCUCAACAACUCUUUGUCCGUUAAGGAUGCAAAAUUAUUCGACGUGUUUGAUGAUUUGAGGACUUGGCUUAGCUCGGCCGGGACCUAUCAGCAGACGUGCGUAGACGACUUGGAAAGCUCAUCGAGCAGGACGAGUGGCUUCGUGAGCGAUAUUUUCAAGAAUUCCACUGAGUACACGAGCAAUAGCUUGGCUAUUAUUAGCUCGUUCGAAGAGUCGAUUGGGGCUUUGGGGGCGAUCGGGAGGAGGCGGCGCUUGAUGGGCCUUGAUGGGCCGGAAUGGAUGUCGUUUAAAGAUCGGAAGCUAUUGCAGGUUCCGAAUUCGAAGAUCAAAGUUGAUGCUGUGGUGGCAAAAGAUGGGAGUGGGAAGUAUAAGACAAUUAAGGAUGCCCUUAAAGAUGUGCCUGAAAAGAGUGACAAGAGAUUUGUGAUCUAUGUGAAGAAAGGAGUUUAUUUUGAGAAUGUUAGAGUUGAGAAAACAAUGUGGAAUGUGAUGAUGGUUGGAGAUGGAAAGGAUGCUACCAUUGUUUCAGGCAGCCUUAACUUUAUUGAUGGCACUCCCACAUUUCAAUCUGCUACAUUUGCCGUGUUUGGACAAGGAUUCAUUGCUCGUGACAUGGGCUUCCGCAACACGGCUGGCCCAGACAAGCACCAGGCCGUGGCCCUAAUGUCGACGGCUGACCUCUCGGUUUUCCACCGGUGCACAAUGGAUGCAUUCCAAGACACUCUCUACGCGCAUUCCAACCGACAAUUCUACCGCGACUGCAACAUAUACGGAACCGUGGACUUCAUUUUCGGAAACUCGGCCGUUGUCCUUCAAAAUUGCAACAUCCAGCCCAAGAAGCCCAUGUUGGGCCAGCAAAACACCAUCACGGCCCAAGGCAAGAUUGACCCAAACCAAAACACGGGGAUCUCAAUCCAGAACUGUACCAUUUUGCCCGCGGCCAAUCUCACGGGUGUCAGCACAUUCUUGGGCCGGCCCUGGAAGAAUUAUUCGACUACGGUGUUUUUCAACAGUGUGAUGGGCGGGUUAAUUGACCCGAAAGGUUGGCUCCCGUGGGUCGGGACAUCGGCCCCGAACACGAUUUUCUAUGCCGAGUUCCAAAAUGUGGGCCCAGGGUCCGGGACCAGGAAUAGGGUCAGCUGGAGGGGUUUGAAGCUAAAUCUAAGUGCUAGCCAAGUUAAGAAGUUUACGGUCGGGCCGUUCAUUCAUGGUGACAAGUGGAUUAAGGAAACAGGGAUAAUCAUGUACAUAAUCCUUGGUCAAAAUGACAACAAAAUUGAAAAAGCUAGGGCACAAGCUCACAACCUGCCCAACCACGUGAGCAGCCUUGAAUCGCCUGUCAUUUACAUUUUGUCACAGUACGCUCUCGGAUCUACACUUUUGUUCUAUUUCUUGAUUUGGUCUUGUGAUUGGUGUAGCAAAAAAAUGGCAUCAGUUCAAACGGAAACUACAUGUGGGACUCUUCUACAUGAACUUCAGAUAAUAUGGGAUGAGGUUGGGGAAACGGAUUCUGAGAAGGACAGGAUGUUGCACGAACUGGAACAAGAAUGUUUGGAGGUGUAUAGAAGAAAAGUAGAUCAAGCAAACAGGUGUAGAGCUCAGCUGAGGCAGGCAAUUGCUGAUGCUGAGGCUGAGCUUGCUGCCAUAUGCUCUUCAAUGGGGGAGCGCCCAGUGCACAUUAGGCAGUCUGAUCAAAGCACUGGAAGCUUGAAGGCUGAGCUCAGAGCCAUCCUCCCCCAGAUAGAGGAGAUGCGGAAGAGGAAAGCUGAUAGGAAAAAUCAGUUUAUAGAGGUGAAGAAAGAGAUACAAAAUAUUAAGAAUGAAAUCAAUAGUCCAGGAGGCUAUUCUUCAAAUGAGACGACAGUGGAUGAUUUGUCUUUGAGAUAUCUCGAAGAAUUGCAAAGAGAACUGCAGGCACUUCAGAAAGAAAAGUGUGAACGUCUGAAACAGGUUCUGGAGCAGCUGAGUUACUUGUACUCAUGUUGCUCAGUGCUCGGUUUGGAUUUUGAGCAAACUGCUAGUGAGAUUCAUCCAAGCUUAGGGGAACCUGAUGCUUCAAAAAACAUUAGCAAUGAUACUAUAGAAAAAUUGGGGGCUGCCAUACAAAGUCUCAGAGAGGUUAAAAUGCAGAGAAUGCAGCAGUUACAAGAUCUAGCGAGUUCAUUGCUGGAGCUUUGGAACUUGAUGGACACACCAAUCGAAGAGCAACAAAUGUUUCAGAAAGUUACAUGUAACAUAGCUGCUUCUGAAGACGAGAUAACAGAAGCCGACAUGCUUUCUGCUGAUUUUAUUAAUUAUGUCAAAACUGAAGUUUCUCGAUUGGAGGAAUUGAAAAUAAGCAAGAUGAAGGAACUUGUUUUGAAGAAGAAGUCAGAGCUUGAAGAUAUUUGUAGGAAGACACAUUUAAUUCCAGGAUCCGAUGGUUCUAUUGACAUAGCCAUACAGGCUGUUGAAUCUGGUGCUGUUGAUGCCUCUUUUGUGCUUGAACAAAUUGAGAUCCAAAUAUCCAAAGUCAGAGAGGAGGCGCUAUGCCGGAAAGAAAUUCUUGAAAAGGUUGAGAAGUGGAUGGCUGCAUGUGAUGAGGAGAGCUGGCUUGAGGAGUAUAAUAGGGAUGAGAAUCGUUAUAAUGCUGGGAGAGGCGCUCAUCUUACUCUCAAACGUGCUGAGAAAGCCCGUGCAUUAGUCAACAAACUUCCUGCGAUGGUGGAUACAUUAACUUCAAAGACCACAGCAUGGGAAAAUGAAAGAGGAGUUCAUUUUACUUAUGAUGGGGUCCGUCUGCUCUCUAUGCUUGAAGACUACAAGGUUUUACGGCAAGAAAAAGAACUAGAACGCAAGAGGCAGAGGGACCAGAAGAAACUCCAGGGACAGUUGCUAACAGAGCAGGAAGCUCUUUAUGGCUCAAAGCCAAGCCCUAUGAAGAACAACCAGAGUGCCAAGAAAGGGCCUAGAUUGUCAUGUGGUGGUGUUGGUGCAAGUAAUAGAAGACUCUCCCUUGGUGGGUCUAUGCUUCAAACUCCUAGGCCAGACAUGCUUUCUUCAGCAAAGGCUACUCCUAAUACUACACGUGCAGCCAAGAAAAGUGAACGUACGAACCAGGAUUGCCUUAAAGAUGAUGGAUUUACAGCCCUUUCUACCGGGAGGAGGGGCUUGGACUUAGCCGAUCUCCCCAUAAAACAAAAUUCUCUUAAUCCUCCUCACCCACACAUUGCUCGUGAGUUAGAGUCCCCCAUGACCCGAAAGCCUUUCUCUCCCAUUUCCUCAACAGACUCUACAAAACCCAAUAAUGUGAACAACAUUCUGGAAGACCUGAACAAAAAACACCACGACAUGCUGCAAAAAACUCUCACCGUUAAUAAUAAUACUCCUUCACCAUUCACCACGCCUUCCAAGACAAUGAUACCUAUGGCAGCAGAAUUUGAGAACCGUACGCCUCAAGCUACUAUGGCAAUAAUACCUGUGGUGCCCUCAACACCAUCGACUGUUUCUAUUCCAAUGCAAGUGGCCCUAACGCCAGCCCAAAUUACGACACGUGUUGCAAGGCAGGUGGCCUUAACGACUGCUGCUCCUCCUGUGCAGAUGGCGAUUGAACCUGCAGCUAAGUCGGCGGAUGAGGAGAUUGAGUACUCGUUUGAAGAAAGGCGGGCUGGGUUUGUUCUGCCAAGACCGCAUUUAACGACCGUGAUGCGAGUUUAGAUUUGUUGAAUUUCUUUUUUCCUUUUUUGAUUUUUUAUUCUCGGCUGCAAUCAUUUCUGCAUUUGUUUUUGGAUGUUGUGUGAUAUCAGAUAUGGUAUUAUAAAAGUCAAUUAUGUUGUCUUCAUCCUUUGUGUGCAUAGUCUACGAACUAUCCUAAUGCGAGGCUUCCAUUUUUCCUUUUUUGGCAUUCUUAUUGGUCUGACGAUCACUACUUCGGGUUUGCAAAACCAAAAGGAUUCUUCCCCUUCUCGUUUGACCAUUUGCUUCGACGUAUAAAGAUGAUUCUCAGCUUAUCUUUUUUGUAACAAAAAAUUUAUAUAGGGCUAAAGGUGGCUCUUUUAUGGAGUAUUAAUGUAUUGACAUAUAUUCU